AUGUAUUCUAAUAUAGCCAAACGUCGUAAUUCAGCUAUGAAUCCAAUCAUUCUUCUUCAGAAUGAUUUCAAUGAUGGACAAACUCUUGACUUGGCUCCAUUUCAAGUGAAUAUUCAAGCAUUAAUGACUAUGGGUUUUAAUCAAGUCAAAGUCUUGGAAGCAUUAUUAAUCACAGAAAACAAAACAGUUGAGCUAGCAAUUGAAUUAUUAGUCCUGAUCCCCGCUGCAUAUGAAAUUAGAAAGCAGGAAACUAUUGCAAGAUUAGGAAAAUCUAUUAAAUCUAAUAAUAAUUCUAAUAAUCAUAAAAUAAAAUGA